UCUGGAAUGCAUCAGCUCCUCUAACUUAUCUGUGUAAAAUCAACACCCAACUGGAUGCGCAAGAGAGGACUCCAAAAGUCACAAUGCGCAUCUAUUUAUAGCCGCUCAGCAAAAGGCUUGAGUGACUUUUCCUCUUCUCCGCAGUUUUGCGUCCAAGCGUUUAUUCAGCUGUACCUGCAAGGAGUGAAGCAGACCUUUAGUCGGGUCCAGGGCGAAUCUCCUGCUCUGGAGACAAGCUUUGACUCCGAAGGGCUGGGAAACUUCAUAUUUUCAUCCCACCGGCCACUGGAGUCGCACCGUUGAGAGUGGAUAUGCCGGACAGAAAGCGCGGAGGACGGCCGGCGCAGCUGGCGCAGCUGGCCGCGGCUCUGCUGGCCCUGCUGUCGCUCUCCGGCCUCGGCCUCUCCGCAGAUGUGCUGGACGCCGCGAACACCGACCUGGUGACCAAGCAUAACGACACCAGAGCCAGCAGGGCCAAGAGGAGGGGGGGCACCGACGUCCUCAGAGGACCUAAUGUCUGUGGGUCAAGGAACAACGCCUACUGCUGCCCAGGCUGGAAGACUCUUACGGGAGGAAACCAGUGCAUUGUUCCGAUCUGCAGGAGUUCAUGUGGAGAUGGUUUUUGCUCCAGACCCAACAUGUGCACCUGCCCCACCGGCCAGAUUGCUGCAUCCUGUGGAUCCAAGUCAGUCCAGCACUGUAACAUUCGGUGUAUGAACGGGGGAACAUGUGCAGAGGACCACUGCAAUUGUCAGAAAGGCUACGUUGGAAACCACUGCGGUCAACCGGUUUGUGAAAAUGGCUGUCUCAAUGGAGGACGGUGUGUGGGACCCAACAGAUGUGUGUGUACAUACGGCUUCACCGGGGCCCAGUGUGAGAGAGACUACCGCACCGGGCCGUGCUUCGCCUCGGUGAACAACCAGAUGUGUCAAGGCCAGCUCACGGGCAUUGUGUGCACAAAAACUCUGUGCUGCGCCACCGUGGGGCGGGCUUGGGGUCACCCCUGCGAGAUGUGCCCCGCUCAGCCUCACCCCUGCCGAAGAGGGUUCAUACCAAAUCACCGCACCGGGGCGUGCCAAGAUGUGGACGAGUGCCAUGCCAUCCCUGGCAUCUGUCAAGGAGGAAACUGCAUCAACACAGUGGGAUCCUUUGAAUGUAAAUGCCCCGCUGGGCACAAGUUCAAUGAGAUCUCGCAGAAAUGUGAAGAUCUAGAUGAGUGCGCAAACGUUCCAGGUCUCUGCGGCGUGGGUGAAUGCUCAAAUACUGUUGGCAGCUAUUUCUGCAAGUGUCCCCAAGGAUAUUAUACCUCUGUUGAUGGCUCCAAGUGUGUAGACGUUCGUGGCGGCUACUGCUACGCCAGCGUGCUGAACGGGCGCUGUGCCAACCAGAACUCCCAGCUGAUGACUAAGAUGCAGUGCUGUUGUGACAGCGGGCGCUGCUGGUCUGACGGCUCCGCUCCUGAGAUGUGCCCCAUUCGUGGAACAGAGGAGUACCAGAGACUGUGUAUCCAGAUCCCUGAAGCCGGCGGGGUAGCGCCGGGGCCAGGGGGUCCGGAUGUCCCCGGCAUCUACCCGCUUCCAUACCCUCGUCCAGGUCCCGGCCAAGGCCCCGGCCCCGGCCCCGGCACUGGCCUUGGGCCUCGUCUUUUCCCAGAGGUGAUUCCCAUCCAAGGUCCAUUCCAAACACCAAGCCCAUAUCCUCGGAUUCCAGAUCCACGCCAACCAGGCAUAAUCCUUUCACAGAAUAUCACCAACACGUGCCAGGCCUUCCGCAACCUGUGCCUGAACGGCAGGUGUAUCCCCACAGCAGGUAUUGGAUAUCGCUGUGAGUGCAACAUGGGGUUCAAGCUGGACGUCAGGGGCGAGUGCAUCGAUGAAGAUGAAUGUGACAAAAAGCCCUGUGCACACGGAGACUGUGUGAACAUGCCAGGGUCUUACAUCUGUCAGUGUCCUGCUGGAUUCCAGUCAACAGCAACUAGGACAGAGUGUCGAGAUCUGGAUGAAUGUGUGGCCAACGGUCGGAUCUGCAACAAUGGCCGCUGCGUGAACACUGACGGCAGCUUCCACUGCGUCUGCAAUGCUGGAUUUGAAAUUUCAACAGAUGGCAAAAAUUGUCAAGACCAGGAUGAGUGUCUGAUCAGGAACAUGUGCCUCAAUGGAUUGUGCAUCAAUGAAGACGGCAGCUUCAAAUGCAUCUGCAAACCAGGAUUCUUGCUUGACUCCAGUGGGCGCAUGUGUGUAGACAUUGAUGAGUGUGAGACUCCAGGCAUGUGUAUGAACGGCCACUGCAUCAACACCGAGGGAUCUUUCCGCUGCCAGUGUAUGGCUGGGAUGGCAGUGGGCUUGGAUGGAAGAAUCUGUGUUGACACGCACAUGCGCAGUACGUGUUACGGUGGCUACAAGCGGGGGCAGUGUGUUAGGGGAUUAUUUGGAGCCGUGACCAAGUCGGAGUGCUGCUGCGCCAGCACGGAGUACGCCUACGGAGAGCCCUGCCAACCCUGCCCGCCACAAGGCUCCGCGGACUUCCUGGCUUUGUGCCCCAACGGCGUCGGUACAACCGGCGAUAAAAGAGACAUUAAUGAAUGUGCCCUCGACCCCGACAUCUGCCAGAAUGGAGUGUGUGAAAACAUGCUGAGGACUUACAAAUGCACCUGCAACAUAGGCUUUGAGGUAGACCUGUCGGGCAAAAACUGUGUCGAUAUUGAUGAGUGUCUAAUGAACAGGCUGCUGUGUGACAACGGUCUGUGCAGGAACACGCCUGGAAGUUUCACGUGCCAGUGUCCAUCGGGUUUCCUCUUCGACCCGGAAACAGAUGUCUGCGAGGAUGUGGACGAGUGUGAGUCCAAGCCCUGCAUCAACGGAGUCUGUGUGAACAGGCAGGGAUCCUUUGCUUGCGUGUGUUCGACGGGCAGCGUCUUGGACAACACUGGGCUGGAAUGUAUAGAGACAGCGAUGGGCACCUGCUGGCUGAAGAUAAUCAACAAUCGCUGUGAGAUCAACAUCAACGGAGCCACGCUCAAGUCUCACUGCUGCGCCACACUGGGAGAAGCCUGGAACAGCCCAUGUGCUAAAUGUGAAAAAGAUCCCAUCUGUGGUAAAGGCUUUGCCAGAGUGAGAGGAAAUAACUGCGAGGAUGUGGACGAAUGUCAAGUUUUUCCUGGGGUGUGCGUCAAUGGCAAAUGCAUCAACACUCAAGGCUCCUUUUUCUGCCAGUGCCCUCCAGGAAUGACUGUCGAUGUCAGUGGGAGGACGUGUAUAGACCUGCGGACGGAGCACUGUUACCUCACCCACGACGAUGACCGCUGUGGGUUGCCUAUAGCGGGGAAGCACCGCGUGGACGCCUGCUGCUGCUCAGUUGGCGUGGCCUGGGGUCCCGAAUGUGACGAAUGUCCAGAAAGCGGCACGCCCGAAUACACCCAGCUCUGUCCUCGCGGUCCAGGCUUCUCGCAUAAGGGCGAUUUCAUCAAUGGCAGGCCAAUGCUCAAAGACAUCAAUGAAUGCAGGAUGAUCAACAGCCUGUGCUCUAAUGGGAGGUGCAGAAACACCAUCGGCAGCUUCCGUUGCCGCUGUGAUAGUGGCUAUGCGCUGGACUCUGAUGAAAGGAAUUGCACUGACAUUGAUGAGUGCCGCAUCUCUCCGGACCUGUGUGGAGAGGGAAGGUGUGUCAAUACGCCUGGAGAUUUUGAGUGCGAGUGCUUCGAAGGUUACGAGAGUGGCUUCAUGAUGAUGAAAAACUGCAUGGACAUCGAUGAGUGCGAGAGGAACCCUCUGCUGUGCCGUGGCGGUGACUGUGUAAACACAGAGGGCAGCUUCCAGUGUUUGUGCCCACAGGGACACGAGAUCGCGCCCGACGGCUCGGCCUGUCUAGAUAUCAACGAAUGUGAGUUGAGCGAUAGGCUGUGCAGGAACGGCCAGUGCAUCAACAUGAUCGGCCGUUACCAGUGCAGCUGCAACACGGGAUACAAAUCCACGGAAGACAAGCUGGAAUGCAUCGACAUUGACGAGUGCACGAUCGAGAACGGCGGUUGUGAGACUUUCUGCACCAACUCAGAGGGCAGCUACGAGUGCAGCUGCCACAGCGGAUACGCUCUGAUGCCCGAUUUGAGAAGCUGCACUGAUAUUGAUGAGUGCGAGGAGGGCCACGACAUCUGUGAUGGGGGCCAGUGCACCAACACCCCGGGGACGUACCAGUGCCUUUGCUUCGAUGGCUUCAUGUCAUCUGAGGACAUGAAGUCGUGUCUGGAUGUGGAUGAGUGCGAGCUGAACUCAAACAUCUGUCUGAGUGGGAACUGUGAGAACACGAAGGGAUCCUUCAUCUGUCACUGUGACCUUGGAUACUCUGUGCGUAAGGGAACCACAGGCUGCACAGAUAUCAAUGAGUGUGAGAUCGGAGCCCACAACUGCGACAAACAUGCGACCUGCACCAACACAGCGGGCAGUUUUAAAUGCAACUGCGCUCUCGGCUGGAUCGGCAACGGCCUCAAAUGCACAGACUUGGAUGAGUGUUCGAACGGGACACACAUGUGCAGCAACAACGCCGAGUGUCUCAACACCAUGGGUUCCUAUCGCUGCGCGUGCAAGGAGGGUUUCUCCGGAGAUGGAUUCUUCUGCUCAGACAGCGACGAGUGUGCAGAGAACGGGAACCUGUGUGAAAACGGCCACUGUCUGAAUCUGCCGGGCGGCUUCCGCUGCGAGUGUGACAUGGGCUUUAUCGCCACACCUGACGGCAAAUCCUGCGAAGACAUAGACGAAUGCACCUUCGCAGGCAUCUGUGUCAAUGGACGGUGUCAGAAUAUCCCAGGACUUUUCAGAUGUGAAUGUAACCCCGGAUAUGAACUGGACAGGAGUGGGGGCAACUGCACAGAUAUCAAUGAAUGUGCCUACCCGACCACCUGUAUUAAUGGAAUGUGUGUUAACGUCCCUGGAAGUUACCUCUGUAACUGCCCACCAGAUUUUGAACUCAACCCCACUCGGGUGGGCUGUGUAGACACUCGCUCUGGAAGCUGCUACCUGGACGUUCGUUUCCGGGGAGAUGCAUCAGAGAGUUUGGACUGCUCCAACGAGAUCGGCGUUGGAGUUUCCAAGGCAUCCUGCUGCUGCUCUUUGGGGAUGGGCUGGGGAAAUCCAUGCGAACAUUGCCCCGCUGUCAACACAACUGAGUACAAGACGUUGUGUCCUGGAGGAGAAGGCUUCAGACCAAACCCAAUCACUGUCAUCUUGGAAGACAUCAAUGAGUGUCAGGAGCUGCCAGGCUUGUGCCAGGGAGGACAGUGCAUCAACACCUUCGGCAGUUUCCAGUGUGAAUGUCCAAGAGGCUUUGCCCUCAACCAGGAGACCAGAGUCUGUGAAGACAUCAAUGAGUGUGAACAGCCAGGAAUCUGUGGUCCAGGCCAGUGCUACAACACGAUCGGCAACUACACCUGUAUCUGCCCCGCUGACUACAUGCCGGUCAACGGAGGGAACAACUGCAUGGACAUGAGAAAGAGCUACUGCUACAGAAACUUUUACUCAGACAAUCAGACAUGUGACGGGGAGCUGACCUUCAACAUGACGAAAAAGAUGUGCUGCUGCUCCUACAACAUCGGCCGUGCAUGGAAUAAACCCUGCGAACAGUGUCCCGUUCCCAGCACUGAUGAGUUUGCCACCCUGUGUGGCAGUGAGAGACCAGGAUAUUAUAUCGACAUCACAACUGGGCGGGUUAUUGAUAUUGAUGAGUGCAGGGAAAUCCCAGGAGUGUGUGAGAACGGGGUGUGUAUCAACAUGAUUGGCAGCUUCAGGUGCGAAUGCCCCAUCGGCUUCAUCUACAAUGACAAGCUGCUGAUUUGUGAAGAUAUUGAUGAGUGCCAAAAUGGGCCGGUCUGCCAGCCGAAUGCAAACUGUCUCAACACACCUGGAAGCUUCCGCUGCGACUGUAAACCUGGGUAUCGCUUCACUCCCACUGGACAGUGUUUAGAUCGUAACGAGUGCCUGGAGAACCCUGGCGUGUGCAACCCUGGUCAGUGCAUUGACACGCUGGGGAGCUAUCGCUGCAUCUGCCCCAACGGCUACAAAACAACUCGGGACCAGUCGAUGUGCAUCGAUGUGGAUGAGUGUGAGAGACAGCCCUGUGGCAACGGGACGUGCAAAAACACGGUGGGCUCCUACAACUGUCUGUGCUACCCCGGCUUUCAGAACUCUCACAACGGCGACUGCAUAGACAUCGAUGAGUGCGCAACGCAGAGGGGCUUGUGUCGAAACGGGCAGUGUGUGAACAUGGUGGGCAGCUUCCUCUGUGUGUGUAAUGACGGCUAUGAGCUGACAUUGGAUGGCAGACUGUGUGCAGAUAUCAAUGAGUGUGCAGUGAAUCCAGGAACAUGUGGCCCAGGAACCUGUCUGAAUAUGGAUGGGUCUUACAGGUGUAUUUGCCCACCAGGCUAUUAUCUUCAUGAGGAAACUUGUGAAGAUAUUAACGAGUGCUCCCAGUCGUCCGAGUUGUGCACAUUUGGCACCUGCUCCAACACUGAAGGAAGCUUCACCUGCUUGUGUCCCGAAGGCUUCCAGAUCUCUGCCUCCGGACGCAGAUGUUUAGAUGUCCGUGUCAACUACUGCUUCACCAAGUUUGAAAAUGGCCGCUGUCUGGCUCCGAAGCCCCAGAACACGUCGAAGGAGGCGUGCUGCUGCACGUCAAUGCCUGGUCAAGGUUGGGGAGACCCAUGUGAAAUCUGCCCCAGGAAAGGAGAAGACACAUACGUUGUCCUCUGUCCGACUGUGGGAUACGAACGUGGACGAGAAGGCGGACCAACAGAUAUUGAUGAAUGCAUCAAUGAUCCAUGUGUUAAUGGCCAGUGCAUCAACACAGACGGCUCCUUCCGUUGUGAAUGUCCCUUGGGAUACCACCUGGAUAUUAGUGGAGUCACAUGCAUAGACACAAAUGAGUGUGACAUUGGCAAUCCCUGUGGCAACGGCACAUGCACUAAUGUCAUCGGCGGGUUUGAGUGUGCGUGCGAUGACGGCUUCGAGCCUGGGCCAAUGAUGAACUGCGAAGACAUCAAUGAGUGUGCCCAGAAUCCUCUGCUGUGUGCCUUCCGCUGUGUUAACGUGGUGGGCUCGUACGAGUGUAAAUGCCCCACAGGCUACGUGCUGCGUGAGGACAAGAGGAUGUGUCGAGACCAGGAUGAGUGUGAAGACGGUAUAGAUGACUGCGAGAGCAGGGGAAUGAGAUGCAAGAACCUGAUCGGCACAUACAUGUGCAUCUGUAAUGCCGGAUACACACGCCAACCCAAUGGAGAGGGUUGCAUGGACCUGAAUGAGUGUGUUGCCAAACCGGGAAUCUGUAAGAACGGCCGCUGUGAGAACACAGUGGGAAGCUACCGCUGCAAAUGUGACCAGGGCUACAUCGCUAACCCCUCGCAGACAGAAUGCAUUGAUAACCGUCAGGGCUUCUGUUUCACCGAAGUCCUGACCACUCUUUGUCAGAUGAGUUCCAGUAACAGGAACUUGGUGACCAAGUCGGAGUGCUGCUGCGAUGGAGGCCGGGGCUGGGGCACCAACUGUGAGCUCUGCCCUCUGCCAGGGACCACCCAGUACAAGAAGAUGUGCCCACUUGGACCUGGGUACACCACAGAUGGCAGAGACAUUGACGAAUGUCGCGUGAUGGGAAACCUUUGCAAGAAUGGCCAGUGCAUCAACACUCUGGGAUCCUAUCACUGCGUCUGCAAAACUGGAUACACUGCUGACAUCAUCGCCACACAGUGUGUUGAUGUGGAUGAGUGCAUACAGGCACCAAAACCUUGUAACUUCAUCUGUAAGAACACAGAGGGAAGCUAUCUCUGUUCCUGCCCCCGAGGAUACAUCCUGCAGGAAGAUGGGAAGAGCUGCAGAGAUAUGGACGAGUGUUCAACCAAACAGCACAACUGUCAGUUCCUGUGUGUUAACACCAUCGGCGGCUUCACCUGCAAAUGUCCUUCUGGCUUCACCCAGCAUCACUCUGCCUGCAUUGACAACAAUGAAUGCUCAACAGACCCCAAUUUGUGUGGCUCCAACGGUAUGUGCCAGAACACUCCAGGCAGCUUCAAUUGCGACUGCCAGCGGGGAUUCUCAUUAGAUACCGCCGGACAAUCUUGUGAAGAUAUGGACGAGUGUGACGGAAACCAUAGGUGUCAGCAUGGAUGCCAGAACUUGGUGGGUGGAUACAGGUGCAGCUGUCCCCAAGGUUACCUGCAGCACUACCAGUGGAACCAGUGCGUUGAUGAGAACGAGUGUCUCAACAGCCAGAUCUGUGGGGGAGCGUCGUGCCACAACACCCUGGGAAGUUUCCGCUGCCUCUGCCCGACUGGCUUCAAUUACGAACAGAUCAACGGAGGCUGCUCAGACGUCAACGAGUGCUCCACCAGUCAUAACCCCUGCAAAUUCGGCUGUUCAAACACGGACGGGGGUUACCUCUGUGGAUGUCCACCUGGAUACUUCCGUGCGGGACAAGGGCACUGUGUCACAGGUUUGGGCUUCACAAGCAGCGAGGGGGAGGGCGGUGAUGUGGAUGACAAUUCAUUGUCACCUGAAGCCUGCUAUGAAUGCAAGAUCAACGGCUACCCCAAGAAGGGACGCAAGCGUCGCAGUACCAACUCAACACAGGAGGAGCUUCUGGAAAACAUGCAGCAGCUGACUGAGGAGGACGUGCUCAACCUGGCCAGCGUGGACGUUGAAGACACUCUCCAAUUCCACCUGAACAUCAGUGAGCUCAGUAACCGUGACCACAUCCUCGAGUUCACCCCAGCCUUAUCCACACUCAGCAACCAUGUGCGCUACAGCAUCGACCACGGAAAUGACGAAGGCUACUUCAAAAUCAACCAGAGGGAGGGUGUCAGCUACCUGCACUUGAGCAAGAAGAGGGUCCUCCUGCCAGGGACGUACGACCUUCAGAUCAGCAGUGCGCCUCUCUACAAGAAGAAAGAGCUAGCUGAGCUGGAGGACCAACAUGAUAAAGACUACCUCACAGGACAGCUGGGAGACAUACUGAAGAUGAGGGUGCAGCUCAUCCUCCAUUAACCAUCACAAGACUGAGAGAGGCAGAUGUUGCCAGCCGCUGCUAAUCCAGUGUCAGGCUCACACUCCCCAGAAGGCCAAACAUUUCUGACUCUGGGUCAGUAGUUGGGGGCAACCUCUACCUGCUCCAACAGGGAGAAGGGAUUGCCACCAAAGAGACAAGGGGGUAGGGAUGGGGAUGGUUGGGGAGCAGGAGCACAUCAUUUGAUUACCAAAGAUGAUUCUGCAUUUCAUAGAUACAGUUUCUAUGCAAAAUGCCAGGGUGAGUAAGGAAAUGUUUGAGUUCAGUCAAAUGAAACCCAUAACGCCCUGACACACAACUCCAGCUGUGUUUAAAGCACUAUUGAGGGUGUGAAUAGGUGUUUAAUUUGGGGAUUAUUGUUGUAUGAUAUGUGGAAUCAGAUGCCACUUUGAAGGGCAUGCAAGCUGCUCAGCUCUAAAUGCUGAGUUUGUUUUGAACUCAACUUAGAUGGAAGAAAAUAAGGUUGAGUCACAAUAGUCUGGAAUAAAUUCAUUUCCUCCCCUCGGGUAAAUGACUGAAAAAAAAAAAAACAUAUGGAAGUUAACACUGAUUUUUCUUCAGAUUUGAAUUCAGUGGAGAUUAAAUGGAUUGAGAAUGAUUAGGAGAGGAGAGGAACCCACUAUGGACUAUUGAGAUGUAGCCAUGUCUGAGCUUGAAUGAAUUCCUACUGCAUAUUUUAACUGCUUUUCCAUCUUUUCUACUGAUAGAAUAAUUCAUAUCUACUGGUGCUAGCAACACGUCCACAUAGACUUCUGAAUGCACUGCACUACUAUACAAAACUCAGUAGUCAUAACAAUACAACCCAUUGCUCAUUCUGAAGAUGUCCUUUCAGCUGAAACAGCUAGCGUCAAAAGCCUGCCUGCUCUCCUCUAUACUACAUGUAAAUUGUGUUUAUACUGUAAUCAAUGCCACUUUUAAUCUAUGAAGCAUUUGUAAACUAGAGGAAGCCCCCUUGUAAAUUAGAGGGGGUUGUAAUGGUGCUUAUAAUGACCAACUACUUCCUUUGUAAACUGUGUAUACAGACACACCUGCACACACAACUCAUUUGAUGAUGCCAAACCUGGGCCUUCAUGAUUAUGCACUGAGGUCUCCAUGGCCACACAUUUCCUCUCACAAGUAAAAUCAGUGCUGCAUCGCCACGGACCAGCCUGACACCAGUCUGUGUUCUCUGUUCACAUCAGUGAGGGUUUAGUUGUAAAUUCACAAUAAAAACAUAUUUUUUGGUGUAUA